CUCGACGUGGCUCGAGACAAAACUUUUAAUAUAAAUGGACGAACUUUUUGUCUCAAUCUCGUCAACCUUUAGCAAAACCUCUUGCAUUACUGAUCUUCUUCUUCCACUUGUUUAGGUUUGCGAUGGACAGUUCUGAAGCAGAGCUAGAUAGAAUUGAGGCACAAAGGUCAACAGAUGCGUCUCAUGAUCAACAGAACAGAACAUACUUACCCAUGAACAUACACGGUUCACAAGACUUCUCUCAAAGCGGAGGAGAUGGCGUCACGCCACUUACAGGAGACACCGAAUCUGUGCCAGAGUUCCUUACUAACCUUAGAUUGUCGGAUCUUUACGCUAUCCGUGGUGAAGAUGUCCGGAUGAUUCCAGAGGUUUUUAGUAAAAUAAGUGAUGGGAACAAAGAAUGUCUGGAGAAGUUGAGAAGCCGUGGAAUUUCAGUGGCACGUAUCAAGAGCAAUACAGGAGAUUCAAUUCUUCAUCUUGCUGUUACAUGGGGUCAUCUAGAACUAGUGAAGGAGAUUGUCUGUGAAUGCCCGCGUCUUCUCUUGGAGCAAAACUCAAGCGGUCAGACACCGCUACAUGUGGCGGCUCAUAGCGGUCAUACCACUAUUGUUGAGGCUUUUGUCGCAUUGGUAACAUUUUCUUCAGCUAGACUGUGUAAUGAAGAGAGUGAGAGAAUGAACCCAUAUGUUCUCAAGGACAAAGAUGGAAAUACUGCUCUGUACUACGCGAUUGAAGGGCGCUAUUUCGAGAUGGCUGUAUGUCUGGUGAACGCAAACCAGGAUGCUCCUUUUCUUGGAAAUAAGUAUGGAGUAUCUUCCUUGUUUGUGGCAAUAAAUACUGGAGAUGUAUCUCUUGUGAAAGCAAUUUUGAAAAUCAUAGGCAACAAGGACCUUAAAGGGAAGAAGUCUAACUUGGAGUCAAAGUUACAAGGGCAGAAAUCUCUUGCACAUGUUGCUUUGGUGACCCAGAGUAUAGGUGUCCUUGAUGUUAUUCUUGAUGAAUAUCCAAGUCUUAUGGACGAGCGAGAUAUAAAUGGUUGGACUUGUCUUUCACUCGCAGCACAUAUAGGGUAUUAUGAAGGAGUAUGCAACCUCUUAGAACGAUCAACAAAGGGUGUUUAUGUCUGCGACCAAGAUGGUUCUUUUCCAAUUCAUACAGCUGCAGAGAAAGGUCAUGAAAAUAUUGUUGAAGAGUUUAUAAAACGAUGUCCAGGUUCAAAACACUUACUUAACAAACUUGGUCAGAACGUUCUCCACAUUGCAGCAAAAAAUGGGAAAUUUUGGAUUUCGAACAUGUUGAUAAUUAAUAAAGAUACGGAACAUCUGGGUGUUGGGCAAGAUGUGGACGGGAAUACACCUUUGCAUCUUGCCGUCAUGAACUGGCACUUUAAAUCCAUUACUUGGCUUGCUAGGAGUAGCAAGAUACUGAAAGUGCGGAACAAAAACGGCUUAAGAGCUAGGGAUAUUGCCGAGAGAGAGGUGAAACCCCACUACAUCUUUCAGGAGAGGUGGACACUGGCGCUCUUAUUAUACGCUAUUCACUCAAGGGGUUUCGAAUCUGUACACUCAUUAACAAAACCGUCAGUGCCACUAGACCCUAAAAAUAACAGAGAUUACGUCAACACUCUUCUCCUGGUAGCUGCUCUUGUAGCCACAAUGACGUUUGCUGCAGGUUUUACAAUACCAGGUGGGUUUAACAGCUCUGCUCCACACUUGGGCAGGGCAACUUUGGCCACUAAUCCAACUCUCUUCAUUUUUCUGGUACUUGACAUCUUGGCCAUGCAAAGUUCCGUUGCAACAAUAGGUAUUCUUAUUUGGGCGCAGUUAGGUGAUCCAGUGCUCAUUCGCUCAUCCUUACAUGUGGCUUUGCCCUUACUGCUUUUUGCUUUACUCUGCAUGCCCUUGGCAUUCCUUUUUGGCGUGGUCACUGCAGUUGGGCAUGUGAAAUGGCUUGUAGUCAUCAUUUGCAUUAUAUCUGUUUUAUUCUUUUCUUGGGCGAUCUUUGUCCUUGGCCCUCACGUCAUGCUACAACGGUCAUACGUUUCUCCCAAGUACGCUGGUGACUUUCUCGUGACUUUUAUGCAGUAUAAAGACAUAAUUGGGCUUUUUGUGUCUUUGAUAAAGUUUCUUUUUUGUGGUUGUUAUUAAGAGUUUGUAGCCUAUUCAAAGGCAUUCUUCGUAUGAAAAAAUCAUCAAAAGUUUAUUGAUGAAAGGAGAUUUUUGUUCUCUUUCAAAAUAAAAAUAAAAAGCUAGAUAUGAUGGUCUCUC